CAGGAGGUUGCGCUCCGUCACGUGUUGAAUAAAUUAGGUUUGGAGAGGGACGUCCACCGCUCGGCCCCACACUGCUGGGCUUCAGUCAGCGUGCUGCUGCAGUGUGUCUGAGACCAGACAGACGGACGGACCGCGGGUGCAGAUGAGUUGGUAACGUCUACUUGAGGAGGACGCAGGGAAAGUUUUCCAAGACGCAAGUUGCAGUUUUACUUCUGAUUUUUGUUUUCGUCUGACCAGACAUCCAGAGAGAACCAAGAAGGAGAAUCGGGGAGGGCGAAAAAUCACUUCAACCACUGGCAGAGUACACGGACGUGUGUCAGUCCUGAGAUGGAUGUAACUUUCACUUUGGACUUCAGAGGGGAAUACUGAGCAGACUUUGGAUAAUCUCGGAACUCGGCUUCUCCAAAAACAAAACAAACAAACAAAAAACCCCAGCAGAGCAACAGAUGAAUGUUUAAAAAGAAGGAGCCAAAAUGAAGACAGCUGCCAAGGGCUUUGGGAAGUCUGUAAUGGACCCUUUGCACCGUGAGGGUUGGUGGAACAGAAGGAUAGUGCUAAUGGUGUAUGUGGCCUUGGAGCUUCUAACAGUCCAUUCACCCUUGGUCCUGGGCACCCUUGAGCUACAGCUAGAUGAGGAACAGCCAGCAGGCACAAUUGUGGGUGACAUCAGCGCAGGACUUCCUCCAGGCAUCACAGCGUCCCUGUACUUCAUCUCAGACCAUGAGGGCACAGGCGUGGGUAACGAUUUGGACAUAGAUGAGAGCACGGGCAUUAUCAAAACCGCCAAAGUUCUGGACAGGGAACUUCGGGAUAGGUACAACUUCAUUGCUGUCACCAUGACAGGUGUGACCGUGGAGGUGACCAUCAAAGUGAACGACAUAAAUGACCACGCCCCGAUGUUUCCGAGAAAACGAGCCACGUUUAAAAUCCCGGAGCAGACAGCCAUUGGCACCAGGUUUCCUCUUGAGCCAGCUGUUGAUGCUGAUAAAGGGCAGCUUACAACACAGGGUUACCUUAUCAAGGAUGGAAAUGUUGGCCAGGCAUUCACCCUGGAGACCAGGAGGGGAAGCAGCGAGGUUCUCUAUCUGGACUUGGUGGUCAAUGCCAUUCUAGACAGAGAGAAAAGAUCCACCUAUACUUUAUCUCUGGAAGCUUUUGAUGGUGGUUCCCCAAAAAGGACUGAUCAGAUGACAUUAGAUAUUACUGUACAAGACAUAAACGACAACGCUCCUGUUUUCAACCAGAGCCGCUACCAUGCCAUAAUAUCUGAGAACCUCCAGCCAGGAAGCAACAUCCUGCAGGUGUUUGCCACAGAUGCAGAUGAAGGGGACAAUGGGAUGGUGCUGUAUGAAAUCAACAGGAGACAAAGUGACCCGGAACGCUACUUUGUCGUUGACUCUCGCACUGGCGUCAUCACACUAAACAAACCGCUGGACUUUGAGAUGAGGAGAGUCCACGAGCUGGUGGUCCAGGCUCAAGACAACGCGACCCAGCCUGAGGUGACCAAUGCCUUCGUUACCAUCCAUGUCAGAGACUACAAUGACAACCAGCCCACCAUGACCAUCAUCUUUCUCAGUGAGGAUGGAUCUCCCAGAAUCUCGGAAGGUGCACAGCCAGGCCAGUAUGUAGCCAGGAUCUCAGUCACUGACCCAGACUAUGGAGAGUAUGCCAAUGUCAAUGUGUCGCUAGAGGGAGGAGAUGGAAAAUUUGCCCUGACCACUAAGGACAGCAUCAUCUAUCUGAUCUGUGUGGACAAGAUUCUGGACCGGGAGGAGAGAGACACCUACGAGCUGAGGGUGAUGGCGACAGACUCUGGCACGCCUCCUCUCAGGGCCGAGUCCGCCUUCACUAUCCAGGUGACCGACAUCAACGACAACCCUCCUCUGUUUGACCAGCCAGUAUACAGGCAGGUUAUUCCUGAAGUGGUGUUUCCAGGGAGCUUUGUGCUACAGGUGACAGCUAGAGACAAAGACCAGGGGCCCAAUGGGGACAUUACCUACAGCAUCCUGAAAGACCAAGGUGCUUACUCCAACUGGUUCAGUGUGGACUCCAUCACGGGGAUUAUCACCACUCUUUCACAACUGGAUUAUGAAAAGAACCCCAAUCCCAGUAUUACUGUGGUGGCCACAGAUGGAGGGAAACCACCCCUGUCCUCCACGGCUGUCGUUAACAUUGUGCUUCAGGAUAUAAAUGACAACGAGCCCGUUUUUGAGAGAAACUUCUAUAACGUGUCCAUCAAGGAGAACACAGCUCCCGGGACCUGCAUUCUUGAGGUGACUGCGACAGAUGCAGACGGCGGCUCCUUUGGCUCCAUUACCUACUCUCUUGGUUCUGGCAUCAACAGCGCUGUUCCCUCUCAGUUCACCAUUGGCAAGGAGACCGGCCAGAUCUGCACUAGUGUUGCACUAGACAGAGAUCAAGGGCCGGCCAGCUUUGACUUUACAGUUACUGCAGUGGAUGGGGGUGGACUGAGCUCAGUAGCCUAUGUGAAGGUAGAUCUGGUCGACAUUAAUGAUAACAGACCCGCCUUCUACCCAGUCAGCUAUGCUGUCAGUCUGAGCACGCAGAGCGCCCCCGGGACAUCUGUUGUCAGAGUGACGGCCUAUGACCCAGACUCAGGCGAGAAUGGUCGAAUCACAUACAAAACAGUACCUGGAGGGGCCUCCCCUUACUUUACACUCAACAAAGAUACAGGUGUGAUCUCCCUGUCGCGAUCUGUCUAUGGCAAGGCCAACUCUGUCAUUCCCAUGCUGAUCUCUGCUCAGGAUGGUGGUGGUCUAGUUGCCCACGUCAAUGCCAGAGUCAACAUUAGUGUGGUGGCGGGGUUGGUGGCACCACCUGUGUUUGAACAGACUCAGUACUACUUUACUGUGUCAGAGGACGUCUUGCGGGGGACGGUCGUAGGCAUCGUGCAGGCCAGUAGUAAGACAGGUACCUCCAAAGAUAUCUCCUACACCAUUAGUUCUGGUGACCCUAUGGGAUAUUUUACAGUGGAUCCUGACACUGGGGUCCUAAGGACCAGUCUGCCUCUGGAUCAUGAAGCUCAGUCAUCUCUUGAUUUGGAAGUGCAGGCUCGCAGUGGUAACCCGCCUGCCUUUGGCCAGACCCGUGUCCAAAUUACCAUCGCAGACAUCAACGAUAACCCGCCUGUUUUUAUGCCCUCAUCAUCGGAGUCCUUGCUGCUGCCAGAACAUACAGAAAUGGGUACAGUGGUGUAUCGGAUCCAGGCCGAGGACAGAGACUCUGGAGUCAAUGGACAGCUCAGCUUCGAUCUUUCUUCUCCAAGUGGAAUCCAGAGGGCCUUCAGCAUAGAGCGCAGCAGUGGAGAGAUCCGAUUGGUAGGCAGCCUAAACUAUGAGAGUGCCUCCCGUUAUGACCUCCAGGUGAUUGCAAAGGAUAGUGGAGUACCCCAGCUUAGUGCCACCUUCAUGCUUGUGGUUCAUGUCCAGGCAGAGAAUGACCAAGGACCUGUUUUUGAUACCCUCACCUACCGUGUAGAGCUUAAAGAAGGGACUCCGAUAAACAAACGCUUCCUGCAGGUCAGGGCUUUGAACAGAGAGACCCCUGGCUCAGGUUACUCCAGUCCCCUGGCAUAUCACCUGCGUCCAGAUGGAGAUGCUGCAGGUUUUGGCAUUGUGGCAGACAGUGGCUGGCUGUUUGUGAAGAGUGCUCUAGACAGAGAAGUCAAAGACAUUUAUCUUCUGACAGUGCUGGCCAGUCAAGGUCAUGGACAGUUGAAGAAGACGGGCAGUGCCACGGUGCGGAUAUCAGUGACUGAUGAGAAUGACAACUCUCCUCGACUCACACAGGAGAGAGUCUUCAUGGCUGUGAGAGAAAACUUGCCUGCAGGAACCGGCUUUGGUUAUGUGUCGGCCACAGACCGAGACAGUGGCCCCAACGGACGCCUCAACUACCGCUUUCUACACUCUGACCGCCACUUUCAGAUCAAUUCCCACACAGGUGAGAUCAGUACAAGGUCUGUUCUGGACAGAGAGCAGCAGUCGAGUUACCAGCUGGUGGUGGUGGUUCAAGACGGAGGUUCUCCUUCCCGUAGCGCCACAGGCACCGCCUUCAUCACUGUCCUGGACGACAAUGAUAAUGACCCUGCUUUCACUCACAGCCAGACUGGCAAAAACCUCAUCAUACAGGUGACAGAGGGUCAAUCCUCUGGGGGUUUACUGGGCACUCUGCAGGCCAAAGACCCUGAUGAAGGAGAGAAUGGCACCCUGUUCUACUCUUUGUCAGGUCCCAGGGCUGAGCGUUUCUCUUUGAACCCAAACACUGGGGAGCUGCGUUCAUCAUCCCCGCUCAGCCACUCAGAGCGGGCUGAGUACACGCUGACGGUGACAGCCACUGACAGAGGACUGCCCCCUCGCAGCACCUCCUGCUCCCUCACCAUUCAGGUUCUCAGCACCAACAGACCUGCUUCUAAUUCCCACUCCCUAUCCUUCAAUUCUGUGGAGGAGGCUAAACCUGGCUCUGUGAUUGGCUCAGUGCGUCUCAGUGACAGAGAGACCUCAGAGAAAGGGGAAGUGACCUACACAGUGGUUGGGGGUACGGACCGAGAAGGGACCUUUGUCGUGGACCGCCUGACCGGAGAUGUGUACCUGGCUCGUCCUCUCGACUAUGAACGAGAUGCACGCUACACCCUGAAGAUUGAGGUAGAUGACUUCUCUCAGGCCCCCCCGAGCAGCACUCUGGUCCACUUGGACAUUGAUGUUGAGGACAGCAAUGAUCAUGCCCCUCAGUUCCCAGAGGAUCCCAUCACUGUUGUCAUCUCUGAGAACAUGGAGCCCGGCUCGUCCGUCUAUACAUUCCAGGCAACAGAUAAGGAUGGCAGUGGGCCCAACAGCGAGCUGAGGUACUCCAUUCUCAGCCAGUGGCCAAACAUCCCCGGCCUACUAACCCUCGACCCGUCCACUGGGGUUCUGUCUUUGGGCCAGGAGCUGGACCAUGAGGUCACCUCCAACCUGAUACUGGUUGUAAAGGCAACAGACUCAGCCAACGAUGCCAGCCAGAGGCGCUGGGGUUCUGUCACGGCGAGGGUGUAUGUAACCGAUGAGAAUGACAAUCCACCAGUGUUCAGCUCACCAACAGCUGUCAGUGUGAUGGAGGACCAGCCGGUGGGCUUUGUGGCGCUGUAUGUCAUGGCCAGAGAUGCAGACCAAGGGGAGAAUGGCAGAGUGACCUACACCAUCCAGUCAGGCAACACUGGGGGAACAUUCAGCCUCAACCCUAACACUGGCUCUCUGUCUAUUUUCAAACCUUUGGACCGUGAGGAGCAGGACAUCUUUAACCUCACAAUAAUCGCUGAGGAUCAUGGGAUACCCCAGCACUCGUCCAGCCAGCUGCUGUGUGUCCAUGUGAUUGAUGUUAACGAUGAGGUGCCCUGGUUUGAAGAGAGCCAGUACGAGGCCGAGAUAUCUGAGAACCAGCCACCAGGAACUAGUGUGUUAACAGUGUCCGCCUCUGAUCUGGACCAAGGAAUCAAUGGGCAGGUGACAUAUGUUAGUAUCUCAGAGGAGGGUUUCAACAUCAACCCAGUUACAGGUAUAAUAACAACCACUAAGUCACUGGACCGGGAGCAACAGGAGCAUUACACUGUGACAGUUUUUGCAAAAGAUGGAGGCCUUCCCCCCAAUUACGCCAAAGCUACGGUGAGGAUCAGAGUGCUUGAUGAGAAUGACAAUCCUCCUUUCUUUGGACGCCUCUACUACAGUAUAGAGGUGCCAGAAAACCUAGAGGCAAUGCCUCUGUUCACCCUGAGAGCCAUUGACAAGGAUGCAGGAGCUAGUGCGGAGAUUAACUACAAAAUUACAGGGGAUUCAUCUGGAGACUUCCACUUGGACAGACACUCAGGUGUACUUUCCACGUCAAGGCCUCUGGAUCGAGAGAAAAGACCUGGGUACACGCUAACAGUCACAGCUCAGGACCAGGGUCAUCCCCCCCUCAGCAGCACUGUGACAGUUGAGGUGACUGUUAUGGACAUCAAUGAUCACAGCCCCCAGUUUGAGAGCAGCAGCUACACUGCAGAUGUGUCAGAAGAUGUCCCCAUUGGCUCACUGGUCCUGGAGGUGAAAGCCAUUGAUCUGGACCAGGGCCCCAACAGCCAGGUGGUGUAUUAUCUGAGCAGUGGCUCUCAGAGCAUGUUCAUCAUAGACCAGAACACAGGUCGCAUUAUCACUGCAGCACCCCUAGACAGAGAACGGACCGCCUCUUACACCUUUGAGGUGUGUGCCACCGACUCUUCCCCUGUAAACCCUCGUAACUCCACUGCUCAGGUGACCGUCUACAUUCAGGAUGUGAAUGACAACGCCCCCUUCUUCAUUCAGGACCCACUUAUUGUGAACAUCUCCAUCAGCAGCGUGUCCAGCCGCAGAGUGCUGGCCACCAUGAGGGCAGAGGACAAGGACUUUGGGGCUAAUGGCUCUGUGUUUUAUCGUUUUGCCAACCCCGUGAGGGGCUUUGCUAUCAACUCCCUGACUGGAGACAUCCAGGCCACAGAGAAGCUGCAGACUCUGACCCAAAGCCAAAGGACGUUGAUAGUUCAGGCUAUGGACCAGGGCAACCCGGCUCAGUCCUCCCUGGGGGUGGUUAUUGUUUAUAUCAGGGAACAGAGCUACAGGGGGAUUCGCUUCUCCCGCACGGCACGAGAUGUCAGUCUGCAGGAGAAUGCUGUUAAAGGCACAGUAGUAACACAAACCCAGGCCCAGUACCCUGAUGGCUCCCAGACAGGCAUCAGCUACAGUCUUUUCAGUGGAAACAGAAUGCAAUCCUUUGGAAUAAACCCCAUUACUGGUGAAAUAUGGGUCCAGAAAUCUGAAGGGAUAGACUUCGAGGAGACGCCGAAACUCCGCCUUGUGGUGAAAGCUGAGACGGCAUCCUCCAGCUCUUACAUGGCUGUCAACUUAAUCCUGCAGGACGUCAAUGACAACUUGCCACGAUUCCAACUCCAGAACUAUGUAGCCUACAUUAGAGAGGCACAAGGCUACGAUUUCCCGAUCAUCCAGGUUGCUGCAGAUGACCUGGACCAGGGUCAAAAUGGUCAGGUGACCUACUCUAUCAGGUCAUCAUCCAUGAGCGGCUUGUUUAAGAUAGACCCACUGACCGGCAGCAUCACCACUGCAGCCAUAAUGGACAGGGAGAUCUGGACACAAACAAAGCUUGUUGUUACGGCCACAGAUCGAGGAACCCCGCGGCUGGCAGGCUCUGCCACCCUCACUGUGAUCAUCAUUGACCUCAAUGACAACAGCCCCAUGAUUCCUCUGCCUCGGGAGAUCCGAGUGCCUGAGGAUACUCUGAUUGGCACAGUUAUCACACAGGUGACAGGAAAUGAUGUGGACUCAGGGCCAGCCCUCUCUUAUACACUUCACCUGGAUGUAAACAGCCAAGGCAUGUUUGGGAUUCAUCGUUAUGGGGGAGGAGUGUCUCUGACUGGCCCGCUGGACUAUGAGGAAAGGACGUGGUACACUCUGACCGUCCGCUCAUCCGACUCCAAACAUCAAAGCGAGGCCAACCUCACUGUGCUGGUGGAUGAUGUGAAUGAUAAUGCCCCCGCAUUUACUCAAGACUUAUAUCAGGUGACUGUCUCAGAGCACCUCCCAGCAGGCAGUGCUCUCAUCACACUAACAGCCACUGACUGUGACUCUGGGGAGAACGGGAAGAUUACCUACAGGGUUAUGUCAUCAACCAAGGGCGUCUUCUACAUAGACCCAAGCAAUGGUACUCUGUUCGUCAACCAAAGAACUGAGUUUGAUUUUGAGAAUCCCUCCAUCCUUGUGCUAAUUGAGGCGCGGGACCAGGGCACUCCAUCCCUUUCAUCCAUUGCCACUGUCCGAGUACAAGUGUCUGAUGUCAACGACAACGCCCCCAUCUUCCACCAGUCAGAAUACAGAGCCACUUUGUCUGAAGAUGGGCUGCCGGGAUCAACUGUACUGACCUUAGAAGCUGUGGACGGAGAUCUGUCGCGGGACAACUGUGGUUUUGAUUUUGCUAUUGCCAGUGGCAACUCAGGUAAUACCUUCCAGAUUGAGAGUAGUGUGCGCUUCUUGGAGGGGCAGGGCUUCCAGACAGUCGGCAGCCUGAUCCUGGUGGAGGAGCUGGACUUUGAAGCAGUGCCAAGUUAUAACUUGACUGUUGUGGUAUCAGAUCGUGGAAUCCCUCAGCGGAGCUCCAGCGUGCCUAUCCUCAUCAGUGUUACAGAUGCCAAUGACAACCCUCCAGCUUUCAGCCGAGCAGAGUACAGUGUGGCACUGAGUGAGGGUGCAGCAGCAGGGACAGAGAUUUUGCAUCUAUCUGCCACAGAUCCAGACUCUGCUCCCAAUGGAGAGGUGCAGUACUCCAUAAGCUCAGGGGACGAGACAGGCCUUUUCCAGGUAGACCAGUGGACUGGAGCCUUGAAGCUUCAGAGACCUCUGGACAGCGAGAGACAGUCGUCCCAUAUGAUUGUUGUCCAGGCUACCGACGGUCAAGUGCACUAUGCUUUGGCCCCAGUCAGUAUCGAGGUGAAGGACAUUAACGAUAACCGGCCCUUCUUUCCCCUCAAACAAUUAACUGCUAGCAUCAGGGAAAACCAACCCCAGAAUGCCUUAGUCACCAUGCUGCAUGCAAUCGACCAUGACAGAGGUGUUUUUGGACAGUUAAGGUACUACAUGUUAGACUCUAAAGAGGGAAAAGAGGCCUUCCUCAUCAAUCAAACUUCAGGAGAAGUCCGAACUCACGCCACUUUUGACUAUGAGAAAGUUAACUCCUUCCAUUUUGUGGCUGUUGCCUUGGAUGCUGGCAACUAUUCUGCGACUGUAACAGUGCAGGUUUAUGUUACAGGGGAGGAUGAAUAUGAUCCAGUUUUCACCUCCUCAGAGUUCUCUUUUGAAGUGCCUGAAGGAGCAAAGACCGGUCAGAUUAUUGGAAAAGUGCAAGCCAGAGAUGAGGAUGGAGGGGUGGAUGGCAUUGUCCUCUACUCCCUAGCAGAAAGUUCGCCUUAUUUUGAAGUAAAUAAAUCAACAGGAGCAAUUUCCUUGAAGAUGGACAGCUACAGUAGACAUGUGAGUCGGUCUAAAAGAGAGGUGCGUCUAAUGACACUGGAUGUCACUGCUCACAGUCCUCUAGAGACGUCCCGCAGAGCAGUGGCCAAAGUUACUGUAGAUGUGACCCACACAACUUUUGGUCUCAACACAGACAUGAACAUGCUGCUUGUCAGCGUCAUUGCAGUUUCGCUUGGGACCAUAGUCAUACUAAUAAUAAUUGCUGUGGCGCUAUUUUUCGUUAAAUUAAGACGUCACAAGAAGGAGAAAAAAGGACAUCAGCGAACACCAGCGGCAGGCACCAUGCUGCACAAGUUUGAGGAAACAAAAAUAGCCGCAAAUGAAAUGAUUUACCAUCAGGCUCUUCCUGGAUACACAGCUGAUCAGGGUGGCAACAGUGGGGGUCCAUACACUCGUGGAGGAUCCCUCGAUCCCUCCCACUCCAGUGGCCGUGGCUCAGCAGAGGCAGAGGCAGCAGAGGAUGAUGAGAUCAGAAUGAUUAAUGAAUACCCUCGAGUGUCAAGUAUCUCCUCCUCCAUGCAGGAGCGCAUCUCUGCCCGGGGACCAGACUCGGGGAUCCAGCAGGAUGCAGAUCAGCUAUCAGACGUGUCCUGUGAGCCUUCCAUAGAUUGGUUCAGAGGGAAGAAACUGGGCAGUGUGAGUGGUACUUUAUUAGCUGGCCAGGUGCCAGUCUACAGGGAUGAGGGGGGUGGGUAUGUGGGUGUGGGACGAGGACUCAGCAUCUCCCAUCCUAAAGAUUAUACGUUCCCAGAGGGUGGAAAGCCUGCUGUGGAUGGCUCCCUGACAGCCAUUGUGGCCAGUGAUGAGGAGCUGAGGGGCAGCUAUAACUGGGACUAUCUGCUAAACUGGUGUCCACAGUUCCAACCCUUAGCUAACGUUUUUACUGAGAUAGCACGUUUAAAAGAUGAAACAGCUCCUCCUCAUCCUCGCCGAUCAUUUCAUCACAAGGCAAAGGCUGAGUCAAGAAUCGACCCCCCACCUCUCAUAACUUCUGUGGCCCACCCUGGGGCCAAAACUGUACCUCCAAAGCCUGCCGUCGGGAGGACAUUCCCCCACUUGGCCUCUUUAAGAAGAUCUCCUCUCAGCGCUGAGGGAUCCAUCUCCUCAGUCGCCAUGUCUCCUAGUUUCUCCCCCUCUCUCUCACCGCUGGCAACACGUUCUCCCGCAAUCACACCCUUUAGUGUCUCCCAGGGCCCUUCUGCAUCAAUGAUCAGCACAACUGAUCACAACUUGGAACACAGUGAGGAGGCAGAGCUGAGGAUUUAAAUUUUAAAGUCAAAGUGAAUUCUGAGUCAUUGCUGUCCCAGACUUGUUCUACUGUAUAACCACAGGGGCUGCAACCUAAGAUGAGUCAACACUUUUCUCUUUUCUGUUCUCUUUCUGAAGAGAAGAAGGACACAAAGUCAAAAUAGCUGAAUUGAUUGUGGUGCUCACUGAAGAAAAACUGAACUACAUGACUAACAGGCCAAAAUGGACUAUGCCUUUUUACGUGUGUUUGUGAAAGAAGCUCCUUAUUCUUCUGUUGAUCAGUGUUAAUUUGCACAUUCAAAUGGAGAUUCAUACAUGAUGUCAAUAUUUUGUACAAAAGCAUUGUCUAUAUUUUUAUACAUACAUGUGGUUUCUGACAAGAAAUGGCAUAAAAGUGUCAAUAGGUUGCUAAAACCUCAGAAUAUAUUUCUAUAUUUGUAUAUUUGUUGCCUGUACUGUACACGGUUAGACUGUAAGUUGGUUUUAUUUCUUGUUAUUCUUAACAUUGUGGUUUUAAAUGAAGCUCUUCAUUAAUGCUUUAUGAGCUAUGGAUUUUUGUAACAGAUUAUUGUAAAUAUGUACAGUGGAAGAGACGUCCUGUCUUGAACAAAUGAAACAUCAUUCAGAGCGGAGUAUUGUGCGAUCAGUUAUUCUACGAAUCUAGUGUUUGAUCUCACAUCAAAAGGUAAUCAUGAAUGUGAAAUGCUGAAGUUGUCUUAGUCCUCACCAUGCGUCUCUUCAUUUUUUCUGCGGUGGAAAAUGAAACCUGACAUCCAAUGAUCCUGUCCUUCAGGUGCCCUUGCUUUUAUUUCUCACAGUGAGCCUUACUGCUUUCAUUUUGCAUUGUGAAAAUAAUUCAUGUGAGGGAGAACAUUGAGCAGCUAUGUGGUAAAUGUAAAAUGAUUUGCUCUUAUCAGCAGCCUAUUAAUUACAGAGAAUGUAAGCAGGUCUUGGUCAUUUGUCUACUCAUUUAAUGUUCCUCGGUAAAGUAUUUAAGACACUUAAGCUCUAACUCAGUGCUAUCCUGGCACUGACAUUUUCAGAAGGUUCUUCUCAUUUUUGUGCAGAUUUAAUGUAUAGAUUUACUGACAAACUGUAAUGAAUGUUAUUUUGGACCACACUUGUCCCCUCUUUUCAAUAUCACUAUAAAGAAUACUAUAAGGAUUAAAAGUAAUGCUAACAAAUGUUACAUUUGGUAUGAAGGAAGUAUGAAAAAGUAUAUAUUUAUGAAUGUUCAAACGCCACCACAGAAUGUUUACCAGAAGAAGUGCAUAUAAUGUACAUGUCCAGCCAUAAUUCACAUAAUGCUUUCACACAGAUGCCUACAUCAAAAAUACAUUCAUGAUGAUAAUUGCUUUUUCAGCAGCCUUUACAAAAUGAUGUAUAAAUUUGCAUCAAUAAUUACCCUGAGCCCUACCAUGGCUUAAAUGCAGAUUCCCCUCUCCUUCUAAUAUUUCUAAAAGUAUUUCAUUGCUUGAACCCUCAGUUUUAGACUCUCAAUAACAUUAUCUUAAACAACACUAACAUUCUACAGUAUUUUUUUAUUUAUUUUAUAGGUAGACUUCAGAGGCUGAAAGGCUUGGUAAAUUAUUUACAAGGAUGCUAUUUUGACCAUGGCCAAACAUACAUGAACACUACCUAUUUGAUAGAAUGAAGGUACCUUAUUGUUUGUAUUGUUUUGUUUUUUUUUUUGUUUUUUGUUUUUUUUACCACUUACAUUCAUGUUUGUCCAAACUGUAUAAUGGUGCCAUAGCAGAAAAAGAGAAAUUCCUCCAAAUGUUCAUACAUACAGUAUUCUAGACUCCAGAGAAAUGUUUUGAGCAAAAAG